AUGCGUUACGUCAAUGAAAUCAAAAACGCCCUUAUCCGAGCGCAAUCUAUCGACGAGACGCCCACUCCUCCGAAGCUCGGCCUGAUGAGAAUGUUCAAGCUCUGGUCAAUCGACCACAUUAAGCACUGCCAUUACGAGCUCGAUCCUGCGAGAUACAUCGAGUUUGAAGCCCCCUUCUACGAGUGGGACGAUUGUAGCGAGGAACAGCGUCUAACACUAAGAGCUGAAAAAAACUAUGGGCACAUCUAUUCACUCUCAGAAGAUGUCUGUCAAAUAGGCAAUCUCAUGCCCCCAGAGUAUCGCAGCACCAAAACUCAUAACUUGGGAACAAGCGACAAGCCGGUAUAUGUCCAGUUCUUUGAUGACAAUUACUUGACUCUCAAGAUCAGCCGCCAGACAGUGUUUUCAAACCAUGAAGGGGAUAUCCCUUGGGAUGCACCGUCGUCUUUUACAUACUAUGGCAUCUGUGAGAGAUAUAUGGUUAAGAAGGCGAGGCAGGAGUACGAGGAGCGGGAAAUGAAGAAGAAAGAGGUGAAGAAUCAGUGA